CGAAUUAAGAUCGUCUCAGCUACCGCCUUUGCUGAACCGCGAACCGCGAUCGAAACAAAACAAAUCUAAAUAAAUAAAUAGUACUCUACCCGAAGCUCAACCCGCAAACAAAUUGUAAAUUUCGCAGGCGACAACAGAAGCAGCAUGAGCGAAGAUCAACUUUCUCAAGAUUAGCUCAAUGGCUCUGAGGAGUGAUAACUCGGCCUGAGAUAAUAUUUUGAUACAAUAUUUGAUACAAACUGUCGGAACGUCACUAUUUUGGGCGAGAGCUUGAAGAGGUCUGUCUGGAUGCGAGAGUUAAGAUCCGCGGCCGCCGAACCACAUCAUGCCACUCGAUCCGCGAACGUCCAUGCGCCAGGUUGUUUUCUAGAUCCCAUCCCCAAGAAGCCAGCUAAUUGCCCGCGAAAAUUAAGAAACAUUUGUGAGCAACUGUGUGCAUGUGUGUUUGAGCGUCUGAGUGCCGGUGCCACAAAGCGGAAGAGACCGAUGUGCCAAGUGAGAUCGCGACCCAAGUAAGACCAAUUAGAAUGGUGCAGAGCGAGAAUCCCAGCAGUCUGGGACCCGAGGAGCAGGAUGUGGAGGCCAGCAGCCCAGGGGUUCGGGAUGAGACCGAUGUUGAGUCCAGACUACUGGACAACGGCAAGGCCAACGACAAGGAGAAGGAGGCUGGCAUCAAUCUGGGGGAUGAGGAGCCCACUCCCAGGACAGGCAAAACCAAAAAGAAGAAACAGAAAUCCGCGCAGGAUCGCCUUAUGACGGCGGAAAUCAACAAACUGCUGGAGGAAUCGCCGCUGGAGAAGAACGUGACUUGCGGCUUUUGGAUAUUCAAGGGAAAGUUCUACCAGCGCUUUGCCAAUCAAACAGCUUAUGUUCUACUCUACGGCAUCGUAGGCUGUAUCUUUUCGAUGACGUAUGCCUACUUUAAUGGCACGAUCACCACCAUUGAGAAGCGUUUUAAGAUACCCUCGAAGAACACAGGCAUUAUCUCGGUGGGGAAUGACAUUAGUCAGACUUUGGUGUCUGCAGUGCUGGCCUACUAUGCGGGAAAGGGCCAUCGGCCGAGAUGGAUUGGUUUUGGUCUUCUCACCAUCGUCCUGUUCUGCGUUCUAACCACCGCACCACAUUUUCUCUACGGCCCCGGGGAGGAUGCACUGGCUCUGACCUCGGAGUUUGGCGGAAUGCCCGAUGAGAAUGCCACCAUGGAGGCCAUCGAGGAGCAGCGAUCGAAGACCCUUUGCCGCUUGAAUGGAGGCGGAGCGGAGUGCGAGGUCGGCGAAGGGAACUUCGCACCACAACUGCUGCUCUUUGUGGCGCAGUUUAUAUCUGGAAUUGGAGGAUCCCUGUACUACACUUUGGGUGUAUCCUACAUGGACGAUAACACUAAAAAGUCCAAGACUCCUGCUUUGCUAAGUCUCUCGUAUUUCCUGCGCAUGUUGGGUCCUGCCAUCGGCUAUGCUUUGGCAUCCUUCUGCCUGCGGCUAUACAUUGCACCGCAGAUGCAUCCGGUGAUCAACAACAAGGAUCCUCGCUGGCUGGGUGCCUGGUGGUUGGGCUGGCUGGUGAUGGGCGGUCUGCUCUCCUUCUCCGGCGUAUUCCUCUCCAUGUUUCCCAAGGAAUUGCCCAGAGCAGUGGCCCGCCGGAAGGUGGAGGAGAACCGUCGGCGUGAAAGGGAGCGACUGUCGUUAAAGAAUACGGAGAGGGAGCGCCUGACUGCCGAACUGGAGCAGAAGGCACCGAUGGAGGCGAAAGCCUCCUUCCAGGACAUGCUGAAGACCUUCCGCCGCCUGAUCACCAACAAGACGUACAUGUGCAACACCCUGUCGAGCAUUUUCUACCUGGUGGGCUACACACCCUACUGGAUAUUCACGCCCAAGUACAUCGAGGUGCAGUACCGCCAGUCGGCGGCCACUUCCUCCAUGGUUACCGGAACCGUGGCCCUGGCCUUCUCCGCCGUGGGAGUGCUGCUGUCCGGCUUCAUCAUCUCGCGCUAUAAGCCAAGGGCUAGGUAUAUGGCCGCUUGGAACGUGAUUGUGGGCUUCCUCACGGUGGCCGGAAUUCUGGCCUACGCUUUCAUCGGCUGCCCGGGAAAUGAGAGUUCGGUGAUAGUCAAUAUUCACGAUAGCUCCCUGGCGGGCAACACCACCACCUGCAAUUCGGCCUGCUCCUGCGACUACGUCCGGUACUCUCCAGUUUGUGGAGAAAACAAAAUGACCUACAUCUCCGCCUGCCAUGCGGGAUGCAAAAGUUUGCACGUCAAUUCGGAGGGCAAAAAGAUCUUCUAUGAUUGUUCCUGCAUUCCGGGCAACGAGAGCGGCAAUUCCACCGGCCAAUUCAAGCGCCUUACUAGCUCCGAUUUGAGCAGCGAUAACUUCAGAGAGGACACAUCGGCUUUAACUCAAUUGGAGGAGCUAGCGAAGGGGCAGGCGAUGCCCGGAGCCUGUCCUGUGAACUGUUGGACGCAAUUCGUGGCCUUUUUGGCCGUAAUGUGCUGCCUGAAGUUCGUGGGGGCUAGCGGCAGAGCCUCCAAUUUCCUGGUCUCCGUGCGUUGUGUUCCGGAAAAGGACAAGACGGCAGCCAUGGGCUUUGGCAUGACCAUGUGCUCGAUGCUGGCCUUCAUUCCCAGUCCGAUUUUCUUCGGUUGGGUCUUCGACAGGGUCUGCCUGGUGUGGGGCAAGACCUGCACAAAUAAGGGAAACUGCUGGCUCUACGAUCCGCUCUCCAUGAGAUACACCCUGAAUUUCACCGCAGCCGUCUUUAUUGCCAUUGGAGCCAUUUUUGAUCUGGGGGUGUGGUACUACGCCAAGGACCUGCAAAUCUUCGACGAGGACGUUAAGGAGGUGGAGAUGAAGAUUGUGCAGCUCGAGGAGGAGGCCAACAACGAGAAGAAUACAGAGAUCUAGACAUAAGUUAUUUUUACCCAUAAGUGCUGUGUCAAGCGAGAGAGAGUUUUGGUGCCUUGACUUGUCAAUAUCCAUGUGUGAUUUCCCCCGUAGAGUCCAGUACCAUAAUAAACGGUAUUGUAACAGUAA